UAUAGCUUUGAUAUGUCUUCUCACAUUCCCCAAAGAAAACUGAAAAGAAGGUGUAAUGGAUCUGAUUCGAUAGAGGAGAUUUUGUUAAGAUGGAGAAAUUUGAAUUGUAUAGAUGAACAUGUGAAGAAGAGGCGAAGAUUAGCUGCUAAUCGAUCAAAAAAAGGUGGGAAAGGCGGUCCUGAGAAUUUGAGUUGUAAAUACAGAGGAGUAAGGCAGAGGACAUGGGGAAAGUGGGUGGCUGAAAUUCGCGAACCUGUAUAUUUUAGUGGUCAGUAUAAGAGCAAUGGCAAGCGUCUUUGGCUUGGAACUUUUUUGACUGCUGAUGAGGCUGCUAUUGCUUAUGAUGAAGCUGCUAAGAUUAUGUAUGGAUCCAAUGCCAUACUUAACUUCCCCAAUUAUCGUGACUCGUUGAGUACCAUUACCCGCACAUCUUCACUGGAAUCGAGUGGUCAAUCGUCUUUUGAUCAUGCAAAGAAUAUUGAAAUUGAGUCGGAUUUAAAAACAUCACCAGAUGAUGAUGAUGGUGUGGUAGUAAAUACAAAUUUAAGUUAUUAUUAUGCUAAUCAACGUUCACCUGCUUGUGGAUUGACUGAUGAGGAAUUUGAAGUAAUCCCGGAGGAGAACGAUUUGGAGAGUAGUUCGAGAUUGUUUCCUAAAUCUCAAAAUUGUUGUGUUAAAGUUGAGACACCUAUAAUGGAAGAAGAAAUUGACAAGGAUGAAUUUGUACAUAAUAAAGAUUUGGAAUGCCUCAACUUCAACGAUGUAUCAAACACAACGGACGUGAAGCCAACCAUCAUGCUUAGCAAAGAUGUCUUCUCGAGGCCUGAUGAAAACAAUCAAAUUGUUCUACAGGAGAUGGAUUACUCCAGGAAUAUAUUGCAAGAACAGCCGUUGGAUUUCAGGUGUGAAAACCUGAAUGAAGAUGUUCGUACACAUCUAGAAUACAUAGAGCGUUGUCUAAUGGAAGACAAUCGUUCAAUGGAAGCAACAAAUAUAUCAGACACCUUUUGUUUAACUGAGAACCAUGAUGAAGCUUUCGAUUUUCAGAGGUUCUUAGAAGAACCAUUCGACUUCAAGCCAAUGAUAGUACCUCAAGAGUCUCCUGAACUAAACUAUGUGAAGAAUGAGGAGCAAUAUGAUUGUACAUACAGCCAACAAAUUGACCUGCAGAACUCAGAGACAAAUUCCAAGAUUCGAUCAGAUGGAAUAAUUAGUAACCAGAUUGAUUGGAAGGAGCAAAACUUGGAUGUUUUCGGAUUAGAUAACUUUGGAGCAGGCAAACUGCACUCUUUGCAGCGAACAAGUUCUUCGAUUAGUUGGCAACCGGAGAAUAAUAUCGAAGAUUUGUCUAUGUUCCUCUCUGAUUUUGAUGUAUCAUCCUUUAUUGUUGAUAUUAUUUAGGAAAAUAUACUGUUUCAAUUGAUCAUCCUUGUGAUAUUUUUGUAAUUGUAGUCUGCUAGAAGAGAGAUUACAAAGUUUAGAUUGGCCACAUAUGGUCUUUUGUCUCUUAAUAGAAUUCAAAGGGAAAAAACAUUUGUUGGUCUGUUA